AUGUGCCCGAAAGUCUCAGUCCCAUCGGGCACCACGAUCGAGGAAAGACACCAAAGGAUCCAUGCCCGGCACUACAUCGCUGCCCGCUGGCGCAAGACCACCCCCUUGACGUGCAACGCCUUCAUGCACACCACUUGGCCUGGCAAAGCCGGUAAAAUAGUCUAUCACGUCGCCCACCCCUACGACGGCGUCUUUGCCCGCUCUCGCAUCAGAACCUCCCUUCAGAUCCGCAACAAGCUGCAGGGCAUCCUCAACCGCCUACCCACCCGCUGCCUGACCGCCGACGAAAUUGCCCUAGGCUAG